AUGCAUUACAGACACUAUAAACUCACAUCAGAUAACCCUGAAAAGAGAGCAAAAGAUAAAGAGGAAGAGACAGAAGAAGGAGGACCGGCAUGCGAUUCGGAGCCUCUUCAGCCAGGAGAGGGCCCUGGCCGUGCCCCCGGACAACCACAGCCCCCUGCCCCCACCCACGCUUCUGAAGAUGGGGGCGAAGAUGAUCCGGAAGCCUUCCUCGACUUGUUCGAGCGAACCGGCGAGAUCUGGAGCUGGCCGCGUGAUCAGUGGGUGGCCCGACUCCUCCCGUUGCUGUCCGGGGAAGCCCAGCUUGCUGCACAACAACUGCAGGCAGUUAACCUCCUGGCCUACGAAGAUCUAAAGAAGUCCAUCCUGCAGCGGGUUGGCCGCAGUCCAGAGCAGUACCGCCAGCUCUUCCGGUCCAUGAAGCUGGAGAAGACCGGCUGCCCGUUUGCCUACACCCAACGGCUCCGAGAUGCCUGCCAGAAAUGGCUGCUGGCGGGGGAUUGCGACGUCGUGGGAGUUGUUGACCAGGUGGUGCUGGAGCAGCUAGUCCAUCGUCUUCCAAGAGGAAUGGCGGAGUGGGUCCAGUGCCACUGCCGGGCGUCACUGGAGGAAGCUGUUCGACUGGCGGAGGACCAUAUGGCAGCGUACCCGAGGGCAGAAGAGCCCUUCCGCUCUCUCUCCCCUCACCCUGUAUUUUCCCCACUCUCUCUCCCCCCUCCCUUCUCUCUCACUCUGCUUUCUCCCCAGAGCACGUUCCUGCCCCGUGGAGGCGAGGAGUCCCACCACGAGGUCUGUUCCCCGUGUGCGGGGGUUGGUACCCCCAACAUCUAUGGUGCCCUGCCGCUCUCCCCCUCAGGUUGAGGCGCCCACCGACGCAGGUGCGGGCGUAGCGCCUGGGCCAGCCUGCUGGAGUUGCGGAGAUCCGGGACACUUCCGGGAUCAGUGCCCUGUGAUGGAGCUGGGGAUGGUGGUCCGGAUCCCCGACACUCUGCAGGCUGCCCCCGACUGGGCCGGAGCGUAACGGAUAACGACGGACACUUCAGACAGAAGGCUGGGGGCUGUACUCUCGCAAGUGGUGGAGGGGGAGGAGCGCCCGAUGCUGUACAUUAGCUGCAACCUCUCGCUGAGGGAGACUAAGUACAGCACCGUAGAAAAGGAGUGUCUUGCCAUCAAGUGGGUGGUCCUCACUCUCCGGUACUACCUGCUGGGGCAGGCCUUCACCCUCUGCUCGGAUCAUACCCCACUCCAAUGGCUCCAUCGCAUGAAAGAUACCAACGCCCGGAUCACCCGGUGGUAUCUGGCUCUUCAGCCGUUAAAGUUCAAGGUGGUCCACAGACUGGAAGCACAGAUGGCUGUUGCCGACUUCCUCUCCAGAAAUGGGGGGGGAGUGGUAGACAGGCCAGAUGUGGGCGUUGAGGAUAUGUGGCAGCAGGGGCAUGGUCAAGCAUCCGUUCGGAGAGAGAGAGAAAGUGGUAAGGGCACUUGCACCUGAGCUAGAUUAUGUUUAACACCUGUCUCUAAUUCCAGUGAGCAUGGGGAGAGCGGCAUAUAAACAGCCACGCCACCAGCAGAGAGGAGAGAGAGUCUGGCACAAGGAAGGCCACAUGCUCCUGAAGCUGUUGCAUUUAAUCUAUUGUGUUUGUGAAGCUGAUGUGUUUAAGUAACUACUUGCCUGCGAAGCUGAUGUGUUUGUGUGAGUAUGUGUCUGUGAAGCUGUUGAGUUUUGUGAAGUUGUAAAGCACUCAAGUGGCCGAUUAAAUGUCUUACCUGAACCUGGAAAACCUGCUUCCCUGUGUUCUCCUUCCCUUCUGCUGUGAAGCUGUUACAUUUAC